AUGAGCAAAUUGACGCACCGAGAUCCGAACAGAGCAGCCUUACUGCCAAGGACACCAUCCUACAAUAACAUUCCCUUGCCAAAUCCAGGAGCGACGACGAUCCCAAAUUAUGGCUGGUUGUAUGGCUCCUAUGAUCAGCAACUCCUAUUCUCUUCCUCUUCCUCUUCUUCCUUCUCAAAUCAUCGAACAGCCGUAGAACUGGAAUCUCAGAAUGACAAGGCUAUCGAAGAAAACACGGGACUUGAGAAUCAAUUCUCGGGCACACUUGGAGCGGCGGUGUUAGGCUCGAGGUGGGGUGUGGCCGCAAUCACAAUUUCGGCGGAUGAUGAAAACCGGCACUGUUACCAGAGUGGGGAUGAUGAGAAGAGCAGCGAGAUUUUUGUGAAUGUGACGAUGGGAGUGAUUGAGGAGUUACUCAAAGUGGAGAAGACGGAAGGCCCAAAUUAUUUACCCUCCGGAUGCGUCCUGAACAUCAAACUUCAACGAGCGGGACCUCACUACCACUUCGUCCUCACUACCAUCUUUGGUAGCAGACAUCAGUGUGGAAUCGACCAUUGCGGUUCUCACUUCUUGCCCGACGAACAGGCUGUGCUCGACUCUCAAAAUUGCUGUUGGGCUGCCAUUCCUCUCAUCCAAUCUCACUCAGACCCUGGCGCAAUGAGUUUGCUAGUUCGCAAUAGCUGUGGGGGGUUGCUGAACAAUGAAAUUGUUGAAGUUGUCGUAGACUGGUUUAAGUGUAUGGUAGUUGUGCAGUGA